AUGGAGCCAAUCCCAUAUUCCGAUGCCAAAUUGCGUCGCAUCUUGUCGACAGUGCGUACGAUUGCUGUCGWCGGUGCCUCGAGCAAUUGGAACCGUCCUAGCUACUUUGUCAUGAAGUACUUGCAGCGCAAAGGCUACCGUGUGAUCCCUGUCAAUCCCGGWAAUGCUGGGAAACAACUACUCGGCGAGCAGGUAUACGCAAACUUGCGUGAUGUCCCCGACAAGGUCGACAUGGUCAACGUGUUUCGGGCGUCACAUUCGGUCGGUCCCAUCAUGGAUGAUGCCAUUGCCGUCGGGAUCAAGGUGGUCUGGAUGCAGCUAGGUGUUCGCAAUGACGAAGCCGCUGGCAAAGGAGAGGCAGCAGGUAUUGAAGUGAUUAUGAACCGCUGCCCGAAAAUCGAAUUUGGCCGUCUGGGUGGCGAACUAUCUUGGAACGGCGUCAACACUGGCAUCAUACGUAACAAACCUGCGCAGGCACCGACGGAUCGUCAGAACAAACCUCGCGAGCUGCCAGCGGUCAACAUCGAGUAUGGCUUCGAAACACGCGCGAUCCACGCUGGUGCCGCCCCAGAUCCGACUACCGGUGCUCGUGGCACCCCGAUCUACCAGACCACCGCGUACGUUUUUGACGAUGUCGAACACGCCGCUUCUCUGUUCAACCUGCACAACUUUGGCUACAUGUACAGUCGACUGACCAACCCGACUGUCUCGGUACUGGAGGAGCGUGUGGCCAGUCUGGAAGGGGGCCGUGCUGCUGUCGCGGCGGCCUCAGGUCAUGCCGCACAAUUCCUCAUCUUUGCCACCAUGAUGGAGCCAGGGGAUGAGUUUCUAGCCUCGAGCAAGCUCUACGGCGGCUCCCUCACCCAAUUUGGUCUCUCAUUCAAGAAGCUGGGCUGGCAUUGCCAUUUCGUCGACCCCACCGACCCGGAGAACUUCCGACGUAGCCUCACGCCUAAAUGCAAGGCCAUCUUCGUGGAGAGUCUUGCCAAUCCCGGAGGCAUCAUUGUCGACAUUGCCGCCAUCGCAGAAGUCGCUCAUUCCGCCGGGCUGCCAUUGAUUGUCGACAACACACUCGCCACCCCAUACCUGUGCCGACCGUUUGAAUGGGGAGCUGACAUUGUCGUUCAUUCCACUACCAAGUUUCUGGGCGGCCAUGGCAAUGCCAUGGGUGGUAUCGUUGUGGAGUCGGGCAAAUUUGAUUGGAGUCAGGGGGGCAAGUUUCCAUCCAUGACCGAGCCUGAGCCUGCGUAUCAUGGACUGCGCUUUUAUGAGAACUUCGGCGAUUUCGCCUUUACAACAAAGGCCCGCACAGUCGCCCUGCGCGAUUACGGUCCAACGAUGGCGCCGAUGAAUGCUUUCCUAACCAUCACAGGCAUUGAGACACUACACCUUCGGAUGGAGCGGCACUGUAGCAAUGCAAAGGCUGUCGCUGAAUACCUCGCCCAGGACUCCCGUGUCGCCUGGGUGUCGUAUGCAGGCCUAGAGACUAGCYCGUUCAACAAGCUGGCUUCCAAGUACCUUCCCAAAGGCUCAGGAUCCGUCUUUACCUUUGGCGUCAAGGGCGGCUACGAGAUAGGCAUCAAAGUGGUUGAGAGUGUCACUUUGUUCUCCCAUCUUGCCAAUGUCGGCGACACCCGCAGUCUGAUCCUGCAUCCAGCAUCGACUACCCAUCGACAACUUAGCGACGAGCAGCGCCAAUCCGCGGGCGCUGGACCUGAUGUGAUUCGUUUGUCGAUUGGCUUGGAAACCGCGGCUGAUCUGAUYGCGGAUUUGGAUAGAGCGAUGGGAUGA